AUGAAUCCUGAACCAAUUACAUAUUCUUCUUUGAUAGUCUUGAAUAUGAGUGCAUUUCCAAAUUUAUCACUCUACACCAAUGGAUUCAGCUCAUAGAAUUUUAAUUUGAGAUCAUUUCAUUAAUUAAAAGGAGACUUAGAUCAAGAUUACUAAAAUUGUGUUUUUCGAAUAUUUCCAGUUUUAAAUUACAGAGCUCAUCAUGAUCUGAUCGAAUAAUUCAAGGAUUCUAGUUUUAACAAAUUUGAAGAAUUGGAAUAGAAAGAUAGAAAGCAUAAAAUUUAAACAACAUUGUUGAAUUUAGAAAAUGAAUUGUCUUCUAACAUAUCUCUCAAUAAUAAGUUAGCAGGAACUCCAUUGGUGUUUAGCUCUUCUAUUUUUCAUUUAGUUCAUGUUUCCUCUUUGAAAUUUCUGGCUUUGGAUGACAACAAUUUGGAGGCCAUUCAAUUUAAGUUAAUUGAUUUUCCGAACGACAAUACUUUAUUGAAGUUUAAUCCCUGUCUAAAUUUUUAGAAGUUGAGAACCAAUGUAGUUUACAGCGGUGAUGUGGUUUGCAUUUCAGCGAAUAAGCAAGUGUGCAAUAGAACUGCAAAUUUGUUUAGUGAUUAUUGGGGAUUAAACUAUUAUGAAUUAAACGAUGAACCAUAGAAAUAUGAAGAUGAAGUGUACAGAGCAAAGGUGAUUGCCUCUGUUGAAGACUCAACUUAAUGGAGAAUAAUGAUAUUUUAAAAUUAGAAAGAGAAUUAAGAGACUCUCUUUGUUGGCGAUGUGGCCAUAUUCAAUUUGCCUGAGUUGAACUUGUAUUUUAAUGCUAAGAAAACAUAAGAUAUAUAGGAAAAGGUAAAGGAAAUCCUUGAUCGGAAUUCUGGGGAUGACAUCAGCAAUCUGAUUCAGGACAAAUUUGUAUUAACAAAAUAGCAAACCUUAUUUCCAAUCGCUUAAGGUGCUAUUUCAAGGUAAGUCAGCGAGGAGGUGGGGAAAAAUGAAUAGAGGAAUAAUAAAUCCGAUUCUCAAAACAAUAGCAACCUUUAUGAAAGAUAGAAAUCCAUGCAAUCUCGAUCAUCUUAAAUUAUUUAACCCUCCAAAAAUGUCAAGGAGAUAGAUUAGGCUUUGUACUCAGAACUGAAAAUCCAUUUUAGUGAUUUUAAUAGCAACAAAUCAGAUAAAGUUAGAAUCCCAUUUAGUGCUUAUUGGAGGAUAGAAUCUGAUAAUUUUAGUGGAGGAGAAGUCAAAUGGGAGAAGUGCUACAGAAUAAGGCAUUUUCAAACAGGCUAAUAUUUGGACAUCAACAUUAUGCGGUAAGUCAGACUUACAGAUUAAGUUCCGAAGAGUACUUUAUUUUAGUUUGUUCCCAUUAAGUAGAAUUCUAAAUUUGUCAGUAAGGAUUCUUACUUUCUAAUUAAACAUUUCCAAACAGGAAGUUAUAUUUCUCUAAAGAAUGACCAGGAAUUGCACAUGAAGGAUGUUAGUACUUCUACUGAUAUAAACUUGAUUAAUAUUAUGAAAUUCAGAAAAGCUGAUUAUGAGGAUGUUUGGGAAAAAAGAUUCUUAGUGUUUUUAGUACCAAUGUUGAAAGAGGCCAUCUCAUUUUUUGAGAGAGUUCAGCCACUUGCAAGUAUAGUAUACAUGAAGAAGAGUGAGGUAUAAGAAAGAAUAGAAUUCUACUACUUAUUUGAUAAACUUAGCUCUCUAUUAGAUAUUUUGAAUCAAUUUAUGUACAAUAAAUUAGUCAGCAAUAUCCAAACCACUUAAGAUUUUUCAUUUGUCUCGCAGAAUAGGCAAGAUGUCAUCAGAGAAGAAAACAUCUUGCCUUUAUUAAUUUGGCUAAUUUGUAAGACUUUUCCCACUCCAGAUGAAAAGACUGAAGGAUCUGAAUAGACCCUCACUAGUGAUUUAUGCGGAGAGGCUUCUUUCAUUCUUAGAGUUUAAACUAUGCUUCAUUAAAAAGUAGAUAAAUCCAAUGAUCUUGAAUAUGAGAGGAAGGUGCAAAAGUUGAAGGAACACUUGGAGGAAAAUCACAGAAAAAGAAAGAGACUUCUAUAGCUAAAAUUAUUUGAAACUAUCAGAAUAGCCUGUCAUAACAACUUGUAGAAUUAAGAAAUUAUAAUGAAAUUCUUCAAAUAUUUUGAAAAAUACAUUUCAAUUGACUAUGUAUGCAAUACUAUCAUCCUAUGCAUUACAAAAAACUAUUCUAUUUUGAGCUCAUUGAACAAAUAAGAAUUACCAAAUGAUAUGAAAUAAACAUAAAAUAUGAGUUUAGAGUAGAAAGUCCAAAAAAGUCAAAGCACCAUUUUAUCCAGAUUAGUAGAUAGUCUGUAAAAGAGUGAUUAAUUGUAACCUUAUUUACUUAGAUUUAUAUCUGAAACUUGCGAAGCUAAUGGAGAACCUGUGUUUUCAAACUAAGAAUUCUUAUUGAAUCAAAUUUAAUCUCUGCAUUAAAAGGUUAAGAAUGAUUAAGGGGAAGAUAAAGUACUAAUGAAUCUGGAACCAAUAAAAGAUUAAGAAGGAGAUUACGUAGAGUUUUAUAUUACCUAUAAAACAUCGAAUAAAAUAUAUGUAACUAAAAUGCUGAAUGAAUUUCUAAUUGAUUAUCGAUAAUAACGAGAGUUCGACCCAAUUUAUGUGUUACAAUACAAUUAUCUAAUUGAAUCUCUAGCAUUCUAUUCUAAUAUUUGUUUUCAUCGAAAUACAGCAGCCAGAUAGUUAAUUUCAAAAACAUUCACCUAUUCCUUUUUGUUAUCAUAUGCUGAAUAAAAUAAUUAAUCCUCUGGUGAUUCAUAUUAUGUGGAUGAAUAGGUAAGGGCGUAUUUCUUCAGAAUGAUCAGAACUUUGUACAUAGACAGAGAACCAUAUACUACUACACCUAAACCUGAGUUGGUCAGAAUUUUAGAAAAUAAAACUACUUAGAAAUAACUAUUUUUAUUUGAUGAAGCAUCCAGUAAAAAGCAAGUGAAAGGGGAUUUUGAUAUUUAAAAGUUAAAAACAAAGAUGCUUAAAUAUUUAACUAAUCAAUCAGAAAAAUUGGACAAGAACUUAGAUGAAAACUAGGUUUACAAUAUGGAGACUUUGGAAAUCAUUAAAAUUUUAGAACUUAUGUUGAAAUUUGAAUUAUUUUGGAAGAAGGAAAGUGAAGUACCUGCUUCAAAGAAAUCUACUCAGAAAAGAGGAACUUCAGUAUUCAAUAAGGUUUAAGAGACUGGGGGUGGUUUGAGAGAAAUUUAUUAAUUAAUUACAGCUCUCUCUAAAAUACUUGAAUAUGAUCAUUAAUAUUUCAAAUGUCUUGAUAAUGCCAAAAUUAAAAGGAAUUUUUAAGUUGAUAAAGAUAAGGACCAAGGAUUUAUGAAAUUUAACAUUUCAGGUAUCAGUCAAGUUUUCGAAAAAGAAGAUAAAGAAAAGGAGGAACAAGAAAUCUAGAAUUCAAAUUUUAGGCAAGUCAAAUAAUAAGACACUGAAGUUAUAAAUGAUUCACUAUUCAAAAAAAUGAAAAAUUUAAGAAAAGUCCUCCAUAGAUAUAAUAACAAAACCUUCACUUUGAGAGAAAAUAAGGAGGAAGACUUUUAAGUCCUGAUAAAAAUACAGAUCUGUUAAAUAUUUUCAUAUUUGAUGGAUGUUUCAUAAGAUUAUUGGAUUGACAGUGCAAUUGAGUUUUAUAAAUCCCAUAUUCAGGAUAAAUAAAUGAAUGAUGAAAUCAAUGAGGAAGACUUAAUUAAAUUGUUUCCUCAAGAAAUCUUAAUGUCAGGAGAACAGUGGGUAGAGAAGCCUGAAUUGGAAAGGAAGCCUAUUAGACAAUCUGGUCCUACUCUGAAAAGCUUUGAUGAAGUCCUCAAAAGACCUUUUAUUGAAGUGUUGUUAAUUUCCUUAUAUUUUGCACGAAAUCCGUAAUUAGAAAACUAAAUAGUGGAAUUGAUCCAAAGAUUUGCCAGAUAAAAAAAGGAGUUCUUAUAACACUUUGAUAACAUCCAGAUAUUAGAUACAAAUGAAUCCUAGUAAUUGUUUAAGGUUUGGGUAAAAAUGAUAGCAUCAUUGAAGAACAAUGUACAAAGAAGUUAAACAUGGAUUACAGAGAAGAAUAGAAUCAUGGAACAGACUCUUUAAUGCUUAUGGAAAAUUGAUAGCAUAUUUCAAUAGACUGAGAGCGUCUCAUUAAAAUUAAAACAAUAAAUUUUUGAGCACAUAGGUGGAUAUGAAGUCUUAUUAGAAUUAAUUUAUAAAUCUUUAGUUGUGAUAGAUUAAAAGUCUUUUCACCCGGAUUUAAUUGCUUUAUUAAAGCAUACUUUGAAUAUUAUGGGAUUAUUCGCAAAGGAUAACGAGCGGAAUGUAUUAACUGUUUAUAGAAAGGUUGUUAAAAAGGUUAUUGAGAACACCAAUUAAAAUAUUGGAUAAAUUAGUUUAUUGUGUUCUUUAUUUGAAAAAAAGCCAACUUUGUAUGGCCAACUUGGAUAACAGGAAUAUGAUUAUUUCAUUAUUUUGAUAAAACAACAUGGAAGAUACCCUGAGUUUUUGCAAUUUUAUUUUGAGAUUUUGGAAGUGACAGAAAUACAUUCUAAAAAAUCUGUAGAUAUGUUUGAAAUUGUUAUUGAAAAACUUACUGAACCAAUGAUGCCAACUGAAUCAGGUUUCAUUCAUCCAUUGUAUCCCUUUUAGGAUAAUAACAGAGUUUCAAGUUUCUUUGAUUAUUUGCCCAAUAAGACUAAAUAUAGCUAUCUAUUCAUUAAUAUAUUAUCUAAGUGUUUAUCAAAGAAGAUUAAGGCAUCAUUAAUAAACUAGGCAAUCGAAUUCUUAAAAUUGCAAGAUGUUUUAGAAAAUACUUUGAAAGUGACGCACAGAAUAUUGGAAUGCAUCAAAUAAAAGGAGAAACCUAAUUUUGAAGAUACUCAAUUACAGAGUGAUUACUGGAACAUAAUAAAAUUUAUGAUCUUUCAUAAACAUGAAACAUUGGAUGAUCUAAUGCUCAGAUCUAAUUCAGAUACUUUAAACAAGAUAUUAGAAUUUGAACAUUAAGCCAUUAUAUAGAAAGAUUAAUUUGUACCAUAAAAUUUGAAUUAUCUAUUCGAUUCCUUAUUGCCAGUAGUGAAUAGAUAUAAUGAGCUCCUAUAAAAUGCUUUGAUGUCUUCAGAAAAAGAUUAGAUUCAAAUAAGCCAAUUCGUUAAUUUCUUUCUAAGCAAUCUUGAUAGGAUGUUUUUCUUAGCGCCAUCAGAAUUGACUAAUAACAAAUAACGAUUAUAAACAAUCUCAGAUUUAGGUUAAAGUUUUAAUAUUUAAGUACCUAUUAAAUUCGUUUAAUCUGAAAUCAACAAUAAUGUCUAAGACGAAAGGACUUCUGACUUAUAAACCUAAAGUCAAUCUCAAUAAGAUAAUUCGUAAAUCAGUCAAUUUAGAAAGUAAUAUUUUGGAUAAGAAUUUGUUAAGGAUUUAGUAAAAAAGGAAUCCCUAAAGUUGUCGAAUUCUAUUUGGACGAUCUAAAAGAUGUUUAAGGAUGACAAAACAAAAGAAGUUAAAGACCUCUUGUUGACAAACUCUGAUAUUAUAGUGAAGAUUCUGACUUACUUAGAAUUUUGGAGAACCAAUGGAGCUAGUAGAGAAAAUAUUAUAUUUAUUUUGAAGGUGUUAUCUGCCAUCUUAAAAGACACUGAAAAUGAAUUAUUUGAAAGAUAAGUUUUAUUUAAUAGAAUGAAUGUCACUUAGAUACUAAUAGUGUUAUUGUGCGAAUCAGAACUUGAGCCUGUUUAUAUGGGAACACUAAUGUCUUUUAUGAUUUUACUCUUAAAAAAUGGGAAUUCACAUGUGUAACGAACAGCAUAUGAAUAUUUCUUGUCAAAUUCUUAAUGUGAAAAAUUCUUCAAGUAGUUUAAGGAUGUUUUUGAUAUUCAAAUACUAUCAAUGAGUAGAGCUCAUAAACUAAAUUAUUAAGAGAAUAAAUUAGUCUGCAAGGCACUUAAACUUAUUUAGUUAUUUUGUGAGGGACAUAAUUAAGAUCUACAAAAUUAUAUGAGAUCACAAUUUAAUCAGAAAAAUUCAUACGACUUGGUAUCAUAGAUUAUUUUAUUGCUUUAUACAUUUCAAAUAUCUAAGGCCAAUUAUGAAAGUGUUUUGUAAUGCUUCGAGACCUUGACAGAACUAAUAUAAGGACCUUGCAAACAGAAUCAAUAAACCCUCUUAAAAAGCAAUUUAUUGGAAUAUGUAGUUUUGAUAAUAUCAGAGGAUGAGAAGAUCUUUGAGUAAUCAAAUGAGUAUUUUAAAUAUGAUGGAGAGAAAUCGUAUCGCAUAUCAAUUCAUCCUGGCUAAUUAGCAAGACUAAAGUUUAAAUGUUUAAAUUGCUUAGUAUCUCUAUUGGAGUGUUGUGAACCUUAGAAUUCUGAUAUAGCCAGAUUGGUAAGAGUAAUACCCUUAAAUGUAUUGACAAACAACUUAACUCGAGUUUACAAGUUAUUCAAGAAUUUUGGAGGAACUUACAAUGAGGAAUUAUUUUCAAGGGCUGAAGCCAAAAUUACAAAUGAGCAACCCCCAGAAUAUUAUGAGUUUAUAAUUGAAAAUGGCUUUUUUAUAUUACUGUUGAUGCAAUAAUUUUUAGGCAAUUAAAAAGCAAAAUAAUUACUGUAUGAAGAUACUGAGAUGAAUGAUGUUUUGAAUGAAUUUUCUGAGAAAAAUAAGGUUGAAGAAAAUGCAAUAGCCCACAUUUUUUUAGGUUUAGAAAAUAUAGCCAAAAUGGGAGGUAACUUCAUAGGAUAGAUUGCCUUAACUUAAAAAUCUGAAGAAGAACAAAAAUAAGACAAAGUAAUCUAAGAAAAAUUACUACAAGAGAAGAUAGAGUAAAAAAGAUUAACAAAAGAUGCAAUUAGGUUUUUUAGAUAGAAUACAUGCUCUAUUGAUAUGAUAAGAGAUCAGAAAUUAUAUACCAUUUACUUUCCAAAAUUACCAAUAUGCAAUCUACCAAAAAGUGCAAGACUAGAAUUUCAUGAUCAAGUCAAUAGAACUAGUAGUAAAACUAAAUUGACAUAUUUAAUGGAGAGAGCCAACUUUUUAAUAAAAGUGAUGAUUUACGAAGAAAAAUUGAAUUAAAUCUUUGCAAAGAAUCCCAUAUUUGCCUUUUUUGCUUCCUAAGGUAAGUUAUGGGAGAACUUGGCUUUUGUGACUACUUUAGUAAUCAAUUUCAUUGUGUUAUUGAGUUACUCAUAAGACUUUUAUAAUAGUGGGGAUUAAGGGAAUUCAGGAGACUUAAUAUAUGAAAGACUUCAAGAUCCGAGAAUAUUUGGAAUAAAAUAAUCAACAUGGACUCCCAUUAUGAUUUAAGGAUUAGGAAUAACGAUGCUUGUUUUCAGUUCAUUAAUUGUAUUCUUUUUUUUGGUGAAAAGAGCUCCUCUAAAGGUGGAUCAUAUAUGGGAAGAUUAUCAAAAGUAAAAAAAGUUAAUAAGCACUAUAUAUGAUGUAAGUAUCAGAAGUGUUAAAAGUUUUUUUAUUUUGUUGCAGGAUCCUGAUAUAUUAUACUAUUCAAUCUACAUAAUUGCAGGGAUAGUGGGUUUGACAGUUCAUCCUUUUUUCUUUGCUUUUCAUUUAAUGGACUUUUUAAAAUUGUAAUAAUUGAAGACAGUCUUAGAUGCAAUAUGGGGACCUCGAGAAGAAAUUGGAUUAGCAUUACUUCUUUUGGCAGUUAUUGAGUAUUAUGUGGGCAUAUUAGGAUUUGUGAUAUUCUUUAAUGAUUACCCAAUAGUGGAUGGGUUAGGUUGUGAAAUAUUAUCAGAUAAUGACCAUAUAAAUUGUGAAAGAGGAUGCAGUACAAUGUGGCAGUGUAUUUUUAUGAGUUUCGACUUAACCUUUAAAUUUACAGGAGCUUUGGGUUCAGGAAUAAUGGACUAUAAUACAAUUACUACUCUGACUCAAAAUUUUGAUAUGAUAAACAAUCCAUGGGAUAGAGUUAAAUAAGCACAGAAUGAGUAUGAUGGAGUGGACCAUUCAUUUACAUCCAAUUAUGUUAGUCGAUUUAUAUUUGAUAAUGCGGUGAAUAUAGUGUUAGUGAUGAUUAUGUUGAAUAUGAUUCAAGGUAUCAUAGUCGAUACUUUUGGUUCUCUGAGAGAAAAGCUUUAGGAGAGAAUCAAGGAUUAGACUAUGAAAUGUUUUAUUUGUGGUAUAACAAGGGAAAAGUUUGAAAAGAACGAUGAAGGAGGAGGUGUGGGGUUUUAAGAACAUAUCGAAUAAGAACAUUAUAUGUGGAAUUACAUUUAUUAUUAUGCAUAUCUGAAGCACAAGGACGAAAAUGAUUAUAAUGGUAAUGAGUCUUACAUCAAGGAGAAAAUUGAUAUGAAAGAUAUCAGUUGGAUGCCCAUCAAGCGAUUUGCUGAGGAAGACAUGGAUGAUCAGCAAAAGGGGAAUGAAAUUUAGGAAGCAAUAGAAAUGAAAAUGAAAGUCAUGAAUGAUUCUCUAGAAAAAAUAUAGGAUAGAAUAAAACACAUUAUUGAUAACAUCAAUAAUCAACCUACAGGUAUGAAAGAUACAUUUCAUGAAUGA